AUGUCGGACGUCUUGGACAUGCUUCACGGCAUCGUAACGAUCGUUAGCCCUAUGGCCGGCGCCUAUGAGAGCAUCAUGGACCACCGAGACUCUCCUUAUCUUCAGCAAUUUUUUCAGUACUUGACGCUGCGCGCCGAUCACGCGAUCGCCAUGGGAAAGUACUGGCAACUUGCCCAUCACCGUCCGAGGGAUGACGAGUUGGUAUCCCGUCAUUACCACACAGGCGCGGGUUACAUCCAGCUGCGCGACCUGGCAAAACAAGGUCUUAGGGCUUUCUACGCGGCGCUGGCGGAGAACUACGUGAUCUUCGAGGGAAAUCAAUUCGUGCCCGAUACCUUCUACACAGACUUUGACUGUCCUGAGUAA